AUGAGUGAUACUGAAGAGAAUGAGGAAACUGGGAAAAACGUGCCAGUUGCUGCUGUAGAUAAUGGGCUACCAGAAAAUAUUCAAGAAAUUGAUCAUAAUAAGCAGAACAAUUCUCCUCAUUCUGGAGAAUCUGAGCCAGUCCAGGAAACCCCAAAUCCUGCUGAAAAUGGAGAAGCUUUACCUGAUAAGACCGACAUUGAAAUGACCGCUGAUGGUAAAAAUAAUGUAGAACCACAGUCCAAUUCACCCCAACCUGAUCAAGAUUCACCUCCUCCCUCAGUACCAAGAAAUGAUGAUGACCAACAAUUAGUCAAGCCAGAUACUGAACCCUUGAGUGGCGAUGACCAACAAUUAGUCAAGCCAGAUACUGAACCCUUGAAUGGCGAUGACCAACAAUUAGUCAAGCCAGAUACUGAACCCUUGAAUGGCGAUGACCAACAAUUAGUCAAGCCAGAUACUGAACCCUUGAAUGGCGAUGACCACCAAUUAGUCAAGCCAGAUACUGAACCCACAGCUGAUGCCAAGACUGAAGCCCAGGAUUUGCCUCAAAGUAAUAAUCAUGGGUGUGAGGAUGGCGACCCUGUUUCCACAAGUCAUCCAGAGACUGCUGAACCCACUGUUGGUGUUAAAACUGAAGCUUCUCAAGUUCCUGAGGGUGAGUCUAGUAGUGCUGUUGGAGAUACUGUAACAGUGAGUCAUAAUGAAGAUGUUAUGCCUCAUGCUGGAUCUUCUGAUAGAAAAGCUGAUACUGGGAGUGGAGAAGAAUUGAAGAAUAAUGAAAAAGAUAUUACUACGCCCAAAAAUAAUGGAAACCCAAACUCGAAGUGCUCGUUUCUUUUGGAUGACAGCCACAUGUCUGAAGGUAAUGAUUCUGGGACAGAAGAGGAGCAAUCAGCUUUUAUGGCGGUGGUGGAAAAUUUCUUUAGGGAGAGGAGCAUGGAAUUUAAACCUCCUAAGUUCUAUGGAGAGGGUUUGAAUUGCCUUAAGCUUUGGAGAGCUGUGACUAGAUUGGGUGGCUAUGAUAAGGUUACCUCAAGUAAGUUGUGGCGGCAAGUGGGAGAAACCUUUAAACCUCCAAAGACAUGCACUACGGUUUCAUGGACGUUUCGUGGCUUCUACGAGAAGGCACUCCUAGAUUAUGAAAGGCAUAAAUUUGGUACGGAGCCCAGUGUACAAAUCUCUUCCCAGGCAGAGCCUAUGAAUAUUGAUAACCAGGCUUCAGGAUCAGGCAGAGCAAGAAGGGAUGCUGCAGCACGUGCCAUGCAGGGUUGGCACUCACAACGUAUCCUUGGUAAUGGUGAAGUCAGUGACCCUAUUAUAAAGGAUAAAAAUUCUGCUUCUUUGCAAAAGCGUGAAAAACAGCUUAAAAGCAUCGGUUUACUUAAAAGAAAGAAGCCGCCUUACGUGGAUCAUGUGGUAAAAGCUGCACGUACUAAAGCAUCUAAGUCACAAUUGGAUGCGGAUGUGGUUGAUCUUGGACAUCCAGCAGAUUGGGUGAAGAUCAAUGUGCAAAGAACUAAAGAUUGUUUUGAGGUCUAUGCUUUAGUUCCAGGGCUUCUACGUGAGGAGGUGCGCGUUCAGUCAGAUCCAGCUGGGAGAUUGGUUAUAAGUGGAGAACCCGAGCAUCAUGAUAAUCCAUGGGGUGUCACACCUUUCAAAAAGGUUGUCACCUUACCAUCAAGAAUUGAUCCACACCAGACAUCAGCCGUGGUCACCCUGCACGGACAGUUGUUUGUUCGUGUUCCGUUUGAGCAGUCGGAAUAG